CGUCUCCAAAGCCAACAGAGCGCGAGGUUGGCGACGAUGGCCGAGGGGUUUAUGGAUUCUUUAACACUCUGCGUCGUCGUUUCUUACAGAGCGAGAGCUUAAAAAAGGACCGAUGACAAAAGGGAUUCGCAUUAAAAAUCCCUACGCAUUUUCCAUCCGCACAUGGCCUUGCUCUUCAUCGGCCAUUUUUUUAGGUCCCGCUCUUUCUUAUUUUAUUUCUUCUCCUCUGAUUGUAAAAUCUAUUUUCGCCCACAUGGUUGCUUUCCUUAUUCUAUCGGCUUUGAGAUCUCUCCCUUCUCCCUCUCAUCUCCACUCUGCAAAGCUCCAGAGUCCCCGCAGACGCAGAAAGCGGAGAUUUCUGUGGAUUAUCUAGUAGAAUCUUCUAUUGUCGGCUAAUGUGGAUCCAGUCUUCUCCAAAGUGAAAAGUUUCUCAGAAUUGAAGAUAUGGCAACUUGAUUCUAUCUCCCGUUUAAAACUAUUAGAAAUUGUUGGCGAUACUUCUGGGAUAAAAUAAUGACGCCAUAAUUAGUCCAACUUGUGUUCUUAAAGGCUGAGAUCAGUUUGAGAUUGUGGUUGUUUCUGUUGUUUAACAUCAUGGAAAAUGGACAUCUUGAAGAAGCAGACAAUGAAGUCCUUCCAAUGUGGCCUGAUAAUCUCAUGAACGCAGCUGAAAAGCAGUUCAACUUAGAAACCAAGGCAGACCGAGAUAUGCUUGAAGAUGUUACAAUAGUAGACGAUCCUUCUGUUGCGGAUUUCAAGCGGCUUCUAGAGCUAACCAGCUAUAGUGAGAAGGGCUCCUCUCAGUUAGCUUACCUAGUUAAAAGUUGGGAGUAUAAACAAGCUAAUGCUGCACGCCUUCUGAAUGAAGAACUCAGCAUUCUGAGCAUUCAGAGGAAGGAAAGUGAGCUGAAGAAGUUAGAGAUCAUAGAAGCUCACCGUUUUGAGCAUGAAAGACAUGCAGGCAAUAAACGCCCUAUUUCUAUACUGGAGGAAGUUUAUGACAUAUGGGGAGCUGCCCCUAGAAGGAUAAACGAUGGCCAAACAUUCAACAAAAUCAUUACUAUCGAUGCAGAGUACAACACAGUAAGUUACUGGAAGCAACGUGCCAUUCAGCUGGAAAAGUUGCUGGAGGAAAGCAUCCAGAGAGAGCAGAUGCUCAUGCAGAAAUUGCAGGAUGACCUCAAUAAUCUUCAGGCGCAGUCAUCACCUGUAGAUGAAUUGUCUCAGAUUUUAAAAAGAGCUGAUAACUACCUGCACUUUAUUCUACAAACUGCACCUGUUGUCAUUGGCCAUCAGGAUAAAGAAUUACGUUAUCGUUUCAUCUAUAACCAUUUCCCCAGGUUGGGAGAGGAGGACAUUAUAGGUAAAACUGAUACGGAGAUAUUUACUGGAUUGGGCGUCAAAGAAUCUCAGGAGUUCAAGAGAGAAGUCAUGGAACGAGGGUUGCCUGCUAAGCGGGAAAUAACCUUUGAGACGGAAUUGUUUGGGAAAAAAACAUUCUUAAUAUAUGUUGAACCAGUAUUUAGCAAGGCAGGAGAAACAAUUGGUGUCAAUUAUAUGGGAAUGGAUGUAACAGACCAGGUGAUUAAAAGGGAGAAAAUGGCAAAACUUCGGGAAGAGAUAGCCGUCCAGAAGGCUAAAGAAAAAGAACUCAAUAAAACCAUACAUAUUACAGAGGAAACCAUGAGAGCAAAACAAAUGCUUGCCACAAUGUCACACGAGAUUAGGUCUCCACUUACUGGGGUUGUUAGCAUGGCUGAGAUACUUGCAAACACAAAAUUGGACAAAGAACAGCACCAGUUACUGGAUGUCAUGAUCUCAUCUGGAGAUUUGGUUCUUCAGUUAAUUAAUGAUAUUCUAGACCUUUCGAAGGUUGAGUCAGGGGUUAUGAAGUUGGAGGCUGCAAAGUUCCGACCAAGAGAGGUGGUAAAACAUGUGCUCCAGACUGCUGCGGCAUCUCUACGAAAGCAGUUGACAUUAGAAGGACAUGUUGCUGAUGAUGUGCCAAUCGAGCAAGCUGGAGGGGGUAGGGAAGGCGGGAAGCUGCAGAGAAAUACUAGAUCCUUGCUGUUUUGGGUGGUGGCAGCAAGUGUCGAGGCUGGAAACUGCUGCAAUACAUCAAUCCGUGUUAUUCUAGAUGAUGGUAGUAAGGUAAGACGAUGGGGAGCGAUGCGGAAGCACAGUGAAGGGUAG